AUGAAGGUCCGAAAAGUCUCGCCAUUCCUACUCCUCCUCGCUCCAUCCCUGGUCCGAAGCGCUACCCACGACAUUUCUUCGCAAUGGCAGCCUUUACUACGGAAAAGAGACGGGAGCAGUUUGCAGGCGCGGCAGGAAGCUGAGGUGCCGUUAGACCAGGCUGGUGCCGUGAAAAAUGUACCGGGCUCGAGACCUUGGCGAGGGACGGAGGAUGCGCCCGUAGAUGGGCUGGAUGGGAAACCACAUGCCGGGCCCUUUGUGGACAUGACGCCUGAUGAGGUGGAUAGAGAUGCAUCGAAUGCCCCGCCCGAAUCAUUGGCCAAGUUUGCAAGCAGCGCAGACGAGCGGUGGAGGCUGGAAGACAUUCCUGCGCGCAAUGACGGAGUGAUGAACGACGAUACUCGCGUCGCGCCCAAGAAAGGUACCACGGGCACCGAAGGCGGCAUCAGUGAGAAGGAGAGAUUACGGAAAGAAGCCGGUGCCACAUCCACAAGCAACACCCCGCAGGAACCCAAGGCCGCGCCGCCUCAGCAACUCAUCGAAGCGGAUUUCGACGAGAGUGCCGAUUCGUCGCAAAAGAGCAGCACAUACCUCACGGGGUUCGAGCGGCCUGAAGACCUCCCCGACCGCCCACAUGACAUCCCCUUCCCGGACCGCGUCGGCAGUAAGAGUACGCGCGACUCCGAGGAGCCGCCCGUGGACGGCACCAACAACGGCUGGCUAAAAGACACCAUGCCCUACACCGAGGGAAAGACAAACCCCAAACCUCCCCAGUCUGCCCGCACCAACCCCACCACCAAAGCGCCCCUCCUCACCAACCUGCUCUCCGACGACUCGGAAAGCUGGCACGAGUGGUUCCACUCCUUCGUCCUCUCCCUAACCAUGAUCCUCUUCUCCGAAAUCGGCGACAAGACCUUCCUCGUCGCCGCCCUGAUGGCAAUGCGCCACUCGCAACUCCUCGUCUUCUCCGCCGCCUUCUCCGCCCUCACCGUCAUGACUGUCCUCUCCGCCCUCCUCGGCCACGUCUUCCCCACCCUGCUGCCCAAACGCCUUACCACCCUCGCGGCCGCCAUCCUCUUCCUCAUCUUCGGCGCGAAAAUGCUGCGCGAAGGCCUCGCCAUGCCGCGCGACGCCGGCGUCGGCGAAGAAAUGCAAGAAGUCGAAGCGGAGCUGGAAGAGAAAGAACACAGCAUGCAAGCGCACGACCGCGCCUCCUCGCGCCGCCGCUCCUCUGCCGCCGGCGGUACAUCUCCCUACGCCCUCGAAGCAGGCCGCGGCCGCAGCAGCACCAACAACAACCACCAAACCCACACGAUCAGAAUCCCCGGCUCCAACGGCGCGGGCCCCUCACCCCCGCUCUCGCGCUCCCCUAGCCCAUCUGGCGCGCGCAAACCCUCCCUCUCCGGCCUCAUGAACCUGUGCUCCCUCGUCCUCAGCCCAGCGUGGGUGCAGACGUUCAUCAUGACCUUCCUGGGCGAGUGGGGCGAUCGCUCGCAAAUCGCGACAAUCGCCAUGGCCGCGGGCCAGAAUGUGGUGAAUGUGACGCUGGGCGCGCUGCUCGGGCAUGCGUGCUGUACGGGUUUGGCGGUUGUGGGGGGCAGGGCGCUGGCGGGGAAGGUUAGUUUGAGAGUUGUGACGAUUGGAGGCGCGGUGGCCUUUUUGGCUUUUGGAGUGAUAUAUCUGUACGAAUGCGCGACGGAAUAA